CUCAAAUAAUUUAAAUGAAGAAGCAGCAAAAUAUCUAGCUUAAUUAUUACUAAAAUCUUAAAAUCUUACAUCUUUAGAAUUAGGCCUUUAUAAUAAUAAUAUUGGGUAUCAAGGAGCAAACCUAAUUGCACUUUCUCUAAAAAAUAAUUAGAAAAUCACUUAUCUACGUCUAAAUUUUUAGUAAUUAAUUUUUAAAAUUGAAU